GUUUUUAUGAAAACAGUGUGUGUUUGGAAGGGUGUGUCGAAAGUGGUUUGGAAAACGAUAGUCGAUGGCACACCCGUUCUUGUUUGUUUAGCAGCUCAUUGUUAUUGAUACUUUGCGCAAUGGCGUCUGCAGCUGUAUUCGAAGAACGCCGAGGAACUCAGCUUGAUGAUACUAUUCCUCUCAGCUGCACAUUUGAUGAACCCCAAGUGGAAGGUUCUCACGUUACUUAUCUUAUUCGAGUUCAACGUGGAUGGAGUAAAGAUGAUUCCUGGGGUAUCAGUCGACGGUACAGCGAUUUCGUUCGACUUCACUCAGAUCUUUCGAAUUCAGGUGUUGAGCUUCCUCUCCCUCCGAAGAAAGUCUUUGGCAACAUGGAUCGCAUGUUCAUAGCUGAGAGGAAAGCUGCACUACAGGUGUACUUGGAGUGUGUGUUGAGAGAGCCCAUCCUAGCGUGUCAACUUUGCAUGAAGAGAUUUCUAGAUCCAACCAACUAUGAUGUUGCUGUAGAUGAGGAAGCACUUCGGCAAGUGUCCAUGUUCUUUCGCAAUGAACCCACUUGGGAAGUUGUGGAGCGCUUGCCAAACAUUGGCUGGAGAAUACGAAGGCACUACUACGUGGUGCGGCCGCGGGAUUCGCCCAAGGCCGUCAAACAUAUGUUAACUCUUCUACCACCUGGGCCACAGUUGUUCCUGUCAGAGAAAGAUCUAGUUUCCUUCUUCAAGGUUCUUCAGAACCUGAUUCACCCCAACAUCCUUCCUGUUCAGUUCUCAACUUGGAACAACUCGGCUGCUCUUCUGAUUCAGCCCUUUGUGGAGCAUGGUAGUCUGCGUGAUUGCAUGAAUCCGAAGACAAAGCUUCGCCAGCCAUACAUGAAGAAAUAUGCACUAGGUGGCAAUGGGUUGUCUCUGAUGGAAAUUCGUAAAUACUGCCGGCAAGUAUUGGACGCUGUCAAGUACUUGCAUGACAAGCAAGUUCCUUUUACCUGUUUCCAUGCUGGCAACAUCUUCAUUGAUGCUGGCAAUGUCAAGCUGAGUGGCAUUGAGGUGGCUGCCCUUGGUCUCCCAUCACCCUAUCGGCAUUACAUUGUCACACUGAAGAAGAUCCAGACCAAAGAGGCUGAGGCAGUGUACACAUUUGGUCACCUGCUGUAUGAGCUGACGUUUGGGCAAAUCCUGAAGGUUCCUUGCGUUGAGCAGAUCCCAGCAACGUGCCAUCCUGAGCUAAAACCUGUCCUUGAGUCAUUGCUGACAUCGUCAGGUGUAAAGUCCGGAAUGCCAUCGCUCUCCUCACUCCUUGCUAGCCCGGUAUUUCCAGAACUGCCAACUGCUUUGAUGGACGCUAAGCCGCAAUUCAAGCUGGGUAGCAAGUUAAAGGAGUCGCUCCGUACCGCUAAAGAAUCAGCAGAAGGUCAACUGUCAGAUGAGCAGAAAAAGGUUAGUCAGUUACGACGGAUCAACACAGCGAAAGAGAAGGAGAAAGCUAUAUCUGAAGAAGAGCGUCGUCGGCGAGCCAAGGCCAAGAAGAAGUCACUUGUAACCGCCACUAGUUCAUCAUCAGUAACAGCUACUAGCUCCAGUACAGCCAGUGCUCGUCCAGCUCAGAAGUCAGCCUCACCAGCCCCAGCGGCACCCAGUGCACCAGCACCACCUCCAGCACCAGCACCUCCGCCGCCUGCACCGGCUGCACCGGCUGUAGCUGCUGAACCGCCGGCAUCCGGUGAAGGACGUGGUGCACUGCUGUCUUCAAUCUCAGGCUUCUCUAAAGGUGGUUUGAAGAAGGCCGUUACUAAUGACCGCAGUGCUCCACAGAUGUGAGUGCCCCUGUUCAUACUACCUGCUCCUCCACUGGUACCGCAAGGUGCACGUACACGCGCACACACACACACACACACACACACACACACACACAUACAAAAAGCACUUUACUAGAGCGUCUAACCGUGCCCAGUAGCUCAGUACCUCGCUAGGCAUGUUUUCUCUUUCUCUUCCCUGUUGAUGAGAUGCUCAAUUGUUGAAGCCGUUUCCACAGAUAGGAAGACAGACAUAACAAUGUCUAGGUAAUGCGCUCCGUACCCUUGCUUAUAAUCUAUAUGGGUUUUUAUCUUUGUUCGCUCUUAGCUGAUGUUGUGUUCUUGCCUGAGUCCACUUCGCAUAAAAAACUUGAUGCCCUCACGUGUGCUUCUUUCCAAGAUACACGUAUACAUAUAUAUAUUAUAUUUGUGCAUGCUUCAAAGUAGCUUCUGAGUGAAGGCAAUUUGUGGCGUACUUCUGAUGUGUUGUGCUGGUCACAAUCACACUCACAUGUCUAUUGUUUUACUGGUAUGUGUAUAGAUAUAAUUAUAUUGCAUCCUUAUUUCAAAAUCAAACUUAGUCAAAUUUAUGACAGUGAAUAGGAAUAAUCCGAUGACAUACUUCUUGAUGCUGUGUUUCAGUAUCUGUCUUCUCUCUUUUCUGUUUCAUAAAAUCAUGGUCUCAACCUUCAUAUACAUUCCAUUCAAUGAUUCACACAUCUGAAUACGGAUUUUCAGGUUUUCAGGUUUGACCUGCUGUCAAGAAUCAUCCUGUGAUUUUCAGGUUUAUGAAUGUUCCUGGAUGUUAUAAAUGUUUUUGCUGUCUA